CUUCAGAUGUACAGAAACACAGAGCUUGCAUCUGAACUAAACGGAUAUUAAACCGGCUGACUGCUCCGACCUGCUGCUGCGAUGUGCAAAGAACUCGCCUCUCUGCCUGCCUGCUGCUUGGAAAGGGCCAAGGAACUGAAGGCGAGGUUGGGAGGCAUUUUGCAAAAACCUGAUUGGAGUCUAUUCUGCUGCAAAAUUGGGAAAAAUAAACUGACCCUUGAAGAAUGUCUCAGGUGGAAAGAGUCUUUUGAAAAUGUGUUGUCCAGUAAAUAUGGGCUGUGCGCCUUCACAGCAUUCCUGAUGUCUGAGUUCAGUGAGGAGAACAUCGCCUUCUACUACGCCUGUGAGGAAUACAGGAACACCAAGUCUGCUGGCAAACUGCCCAUCAAAGCCAAGAAGAUCUACAACGAGUUCAUCUGCAGUGAUGCUCCCCGAGAGGUUAACAUUGACCACGAGACUCGGGACAUCACCAAAGCCAACAUGGUCAUUCCAUCACCAAAUUGCUUUGAUCUGGCCCAGCACAAGAUCUACAUGUUGAUGGCCAAAGACUGCUACCCUCGUUUCCUGCGAUCUCCAGCGUACCGGGACCUUGUCUGCCAAGCCAGCGCCAAGGCCACCAGGCAGGAGAAAAAAGCGUGACUGAACCCCACAAGCCGAUGGAUCAAUCCUUGGUUGCCUUAAGUGUUGAGAAGGCAGGAGAGGUGUGGCUUCAGCUGCUGCAAAGAUGGAGCCGGACGCAGAUGCAGACGCUGAGGUAGUCGUAGCAUCGGAAAGCGAUGGCUGGGCGUUUUCAGAAGAGAAGCUGGAAGAAGCCUUACGUUCCCGACUGAGCGCAAACAGCGUUCUGAUAGAAAAGUCGUACAAAAGUGUAUCAUGAUAAAGACUCAAAGGCCGAGCCGGAGGAGG